UAAAAUAAAAAAGGGGGAAACCUCGCAAAAACCCCGCACCCGUCCUGUCCCCCUUCCCCUCCCGCAACCGGCGACCCCAUCCUUCCGCCGCCGGCGGCGGCGGCGGCGAAGAUGAUCAUCCCGGUGCGCUGCUUCACCUGCGGCAAGGUGAUCGGGAACAAGUGGGACCUGUACCUCGACCUCCUCCAGGCGGACUACACCGAGGGGGACGCUCUGGAUGCUUUGAACUUGGUCCGCUACUGCUGUAGGCGAAUGCUGAUGACCCAUGUCGACCUCAUCGAAAAGCUCCUCAACUACAACACGCUGGAGAAGACUGAAGACGGAGCUGCCAGUUAAGCGAACAUGGCAUGCUCGAAUGUUGGUCCGUCACACCUAGUACCCUUCACUGGAGUGUUACUCUGUGUUUUAGUACAUGUCUGGACAAACUCAAUGCUAUUCUCCCUGUCCCAUGCUGUGUCUGCUGAUGCGUGUAAUUGGAAGGUCAUCGUAAUUUCAAUUUAACUAGGGAUCUGCGUAUGUAACGAUUUCUGAACAACUGGAAGAGUCAUGGGCGUACUAAUUGACUUUCAGUUUUACCCUUGAUGUCAAAUUCCCAUGUUUAUA